AUGUCUUUUACUACUUAUGCAACAAAAUCUCGUUCAUUUUGUCCUUUAAUCUUAUACCAUGACAAACCAUCCAAAGAACUAUCAAUGAACUUAAAUGCUAAUAGACAUCAAAAUCAAUCAGCCAUAGAUCGUCAUCGAGAAAGAACCAAUGAAAUGUUGCUGCAUAAUGCUCAAUUUUGGAUUGAGGGUCCUGGCUUAGUAGAAGAUGAUAUUAAAGUAUCUCCAAGCACAAGCACAACAUCUAAUAUCAGCUCUUCAAGUUCUGAAGACAGUAUAGCAACCAUUGACACAUAUCAACAUCCUAGGAUUACCAAGUACAACCAAGAACAAUCACAUGAAUUGUCAGGAGGAUAUGUUUCUUCUACGCCACUUGAAAAAUCAUCAUCAGAGACUACGACAAGUACCCCUUCAACAAAUGGAAAGAGAAGGCGUAGAGGAAACCUUCCAAAGGAGGUCACCGAAUUCCUCAGAAAGUGGUUAAUACAACAUAAAAAGCAUCCUUACCCAGCAGAAAAAGAAAAAAUUGAUCUCGCUCAAAAGACAGGUCUGACUGUGAACCAGAUUAGUAACUGGUUCAUUAACGCCAGAAGACGUAUUCUUCAACCUAUGCUAGAAUCAGAAAGUUUAUGCGCUCAGAUGAUGGCCUAUCCUGAAUUAAUGAAUUCUGACAGACGUAGUAAUAUAAAUAACAAUAGACACAGACUCGAUUUUUAUCCCUAUCAUAAAUCUUCAGUCGAACAACCUCCUAUUAUCCACCAUUAUCCCAUCGAAGAACGUUUUAUGAUGCAUAACACCGUCGAAGAAUAUCAUAUGCGAUAA